CUCCUCCUCCAUUGCCGAACUCACCCACCUCUCCCUUUCCCUCUUCCACGACUCAGCUGACUCACUUUCAAUUCAACUAUAUACCAUUCAUCUAUAUAUACCUUCUACAUACACACAUUUUCUCAACUAAUUUCUCACUUUUCACCAUGCUUUUCAAUUUCCUUUUCGUUUUCACAACAAUCUUCUCAUUUGCCCAACUUGGUCUCGUUGAUAGCCAUGUUAAUGCCAGCGGCUCUAUUUUCACCGGAAUCGAAAUGCCUCAGCAUUCGAGUUUCGGUGCUCAGGUUUCUUCAACUUCUGCUUGUGAUCCUUCAGUUUCGGAUCAACAAACAAGCACAAAACCAGCUGUGAAGCUCCACCUCAAACGUCGUGGCUCAGCUGAUUCCAAACCCAAAGGGAAAGAAUCUGUUGAGGAGUCAACGUAUAGAGACUUGAUCAGAAUUCAAACACUUGAUAAAAGGGUCACACAGAACAAGAACCAGAACCAGAACCAGAACCAGAACAUUCUUUCUAGGCUUGUCAAGGAGGGUGUUUCGAAGCAUUAUCACGAAAUCAAGAACGCGAUUUCUCCGGCUCCUGAAUCCUUUUCGGAUCAGCUUAUGGCGAAAGUGGAGUCCGGGGUGAGUCUCGGCUCAGGAGAGUAUUUCAUGGAUGUGUUUAUCGGUACACCGCCCAAACAUUAUUCCUUGAUCCUUGACACCGGAAGUGAUCUGAAUUGGAUUCAGUCUCUACCUUGUUAUGAUUGUUUUCAGCAGAAUGGGCCUUAUUAUGAUCCCAAAGAGUCGCAAUCGUUUCAAAAUAUUAGCUGUCAUGAUCCGCGGUGUCAGCUCGUUUCUCCUCCUGAUCCUCCACAGGCUUGUACAGAGGAAAACCAGACAUGUCCUUAUUUUUAUUGGUACGGGGAUAGCUCAAACACGACGGGGGACUUUGCGCUUGAAACCUUCACGAUUAACCUCACGGCGCAUACGGGAAAAUCAGAGUUUCGUCAGCUGGAGAAUAUGAUGUUUGGAAGUGGUCAUUGGAAUAGAGGCCUAUUCCACGGAGCUGCAGGCUUGUUAGGACUCGGAAGAGGCCCUCUUUCCUUUUCUUCGCAGCUUCAGUCAUCGUAUGGUCACUCAUUUUCGUAUUGUUUAGUUGAUAGAAACAGUGAUCAAAAUGUUAGCAGCAAGUUGAUUUUCGGGGAAGAUAAGGGUCUGCUUGGUCACAAAGAAUUGAAUUUCACUUCAUUCGUCUCUGGCAAGGACAACCCUGUCGAAACAUUUUACUAUAUUCAGAUAAAAUCCAUCAUUGUCGGAGGAGAAGUGCUUGAUAUCCCACAAGAGACCUGGAAAUUGUCAUCACAAGGGCUUGGGGGGACGAUAAUUGAUUCAGGCACGACAUUGAGUUACUUUGCUAAUCCCGCGUACAAGAUUAUUGAAGAAGCAUUCGUCAGGAAGGUGAAAAAAUAUCCAAUUGUCGCGGACUAUUUUCCUAUACUUCACCCCUGUUACAAUGUAUCAGGAGUCAAGGACACCGAGCUGCCAACAUUUGGUAUCGAAUUCGUGGAUGGAGCGAUAUGGAAUUUUCCGACGGAGAAUUACUUCAUCAGGCUUGAUCCUGAGGAAAUUGUGUGUUUGGCAAUGAUGGAGAAUUCUCGGUCGGCUAUGUCAAUACUGGGAAACUACCAGCAGCAGAAUUUUCAUAUAUCGUAUGACACGAAGAGGUCCAGGCUGGGGUUUGCACCAGCUAACUGUGCUGAACUUUGACUCGUUAUUCUUUAGGGGUUGCUUGUGGGGGGAGAAUUGUAAACAUUUUUUGAUUUUAGGGGAGGGGAUAUUCAAUUUUGCCAUUUCAAAGGGAGGCAAAAUCAUACAUUACACUGAUUUAUAUUUAUUUUAUUGUGUAUUUAUCUUAGGUGGUUACACAAAUUUAAUCAAAUUUCGCAACUGCGAUUACAUACUAAAAAAGUCAGAGUCCAUUCCCAUUAUUUGUCAUUGACUCAUUGUCCAUAAGGUUUUGUUUUUUACCGACAGGUUGUCGGGAAGGGAUUAUCUAACACUGUAUGGGCGCCGUUAAAUCUAUAUUUUAAGAGUUCAGAUUUAAUCUUCUUUUAAUGUAUCCGCGGAUAUUAUCUGCGGAAGGGCGAACUCUCGAUCCGCGAAAAAAAACCCCUAUUCCGCGGAUAUUGAUUGCGGAUACUUAAAAAAAAGAAGAUUGAAUCUGAACUCUUAAUUAAAAUAUAGAUCUAACAACCCCGUACAAUGUGUUAGAUAACCCAUCCCCUGACCGGUUGAUAAGGAACAGGAUCUUUGUCCGUAUAUUUGCUGAGAAUUUUACUCCCUCCGUCCCAAUGAAUUGUAUACAGUUUCUUUUUUGGGAUGUCCCAUCAAUUGUAUACAUUCUAAAAGUAGUAAACUUUUAUAAUACUCCCUCCGUUUCUUUUUUC